AUGUGGUGUCAAGGAAUUCAGCAACAGCGCAAAAAGCGUCACGAGACUGUGAUUGGUGCCUACAAUGUUAACCCACAUUCGACCGUCAGCGGUACAAACAAUGUUGAAGCUGAGGCAACCUUCUGUUUGCCCAAUAACUUCAUAGACACGAUAAUUCAGAAAACGGAGAAAGUCCAGCUUUCUGGAAAGGAGGUGGAGGAUUCCCGCAAAUAG